AAAACAAAUCUACAGAAAUCCAUACGUUUAUGGCGUCGCUUCAGCUUCAAAAUUCGUGGCUUUCUUCGCUCUCCCAAAAGCCUAUUCUUUUCCACUCCACAAACCUAACCAAAACCCAUACACAAAAGCCCUUCAGCGUUUCCCUCGCUCUAAACCCAUCCGAUGCCGCUGAAUCUUCGCAGCCCGUUUCACCAAACUCGCCAAAGCCGUCGCCGGAAGCGACCCGAGCUCCUGUAGAUCCCAUAAAGCUUGCUUUUGAGAAAGCCAAGGAAUACAAGAAGUCUGCGCAGUUGAAGCCCAAUUUGCAAACUGAGCAAAACCCUGUUGUGGAUUCUGAUACGGUGAAAUUCGCAAUGGAGAAGGCCAACAAGUACAAGCAGAACAAAGGAGUUGAUGGUGGAACAAAUUCAGGGUUGAAGGGAGAGAAUGGGAGCAAUUUGCGAAAUGGGACUUUGGAGAAAAGGGUUGGUAAGGAGGACAAACUGACGUUAUCAAGCAUUGAUUUCAUGGGGCUUAACUUUGCGGAUAAGAAGCAGGGCAGGGGACUACCAGCUGGAUUGGUUCCCCUUUUAGACCCUUUUCCAGAUGGAGAUUUGCUUGAAGUUGAGAUGAUAGUAGGUGACAACAGCGGGUUUGAGAAUGCCACAAGGAUGAAGCCUGAGCCAGCCCAAGAUGAAAAUUUUGAUCUUUACAAGCCCAAAGUUUCCACAUGGGGGGUGUUUCCUAGACCUAGCAACAUUUCGAAAACGUUUGGCGGUGGAAAAACUAUUCGCCCUGGAGAUGUUCUUGAAACAGCAGAAGAUAGGGCUGCUAAAGAUGAGCACACAAGACAACUAGUUGCUGCUUACAAAAAGAAAGCUGGCUUAACUAUUGAUGCAAAGCUAAAGUCCGAGUGUGAAGAGGCACUGAAGGAGGGUGAUUCCUUGAUGGAUACUGGAAAUCUUAGGGAUGCAAUGAUCUGGUACAAGAAGGUUAUGGAUAAGUUGCCAUUUCAGAGUAAACUUCAUGGAUUAGCUGCUUUGCACUGGUCUAUUUGUCAAGAUUCACUCAACAGCAGGUCAAAUGAGGCUCGUAUUAUGUAUGAGAAGCUUCGGUCACACCCAAAUGCUGAAGUAAGCAAGAAAGCAAGGCAAUUUAUGUUCAGCUUCCAGGCCAUGAAAAUGAUGAAGGUUAGAGGCUCAAAUCUAUCGCUGGGGAACACCGGCUACCAGAACUAUUUUGAGGCAUUUAUUGAAGAUAAAAACAACUUCCCCAUAGGAGCAGCUGAUGUUGAAGAAGGUACACUCAGUCAGGCCCUCCUAUACAUAUCUUUUCUUGUUUCACCAAUACUUAUAGUACUUUUCAUUGUCGUAAAUAGAGUAAGUAUGAACUAGAAUAUCUGAACUUGGCAGUGAGUUAUGAAACUAUAUUUGUACAUCAAUUGGAAAAUAUUCAAGUCAGUUAUUUUUUUAUCUCACUCUUCUUGUGCAAGCAGCAAACUAUAAAAGUAAUAGCUUCUUUUGGCUGAUCA